AUGUUAGCAACAACAGCAACAAACUCUUUAGUCAUGAACCCAACAUCUAUGUUAGUAGAGAUGAAAAGCUUCAUUCCUUCUUCAUAUACUUUCGAAACAACAAUCCAGAAGAUAAAGCAAGAACUUCUCCAAGGAGAUUUAGACUGUAGUGCGAAAGAUGAAACAAAUGAACAAUAUCUUUAUGAAAUGCAGGAUAUUAUUGACCAUCUACCUAAACUUCCUGAAAUACAACAACAAAAGCUCACUAUUCCUGAAUUCGAUGAAAUAGAAGUCAAAGCAACUGACUCAGUAGAAAUAAAGAA